AUGCCAUCUGGCACAAAGAUAAUUUCUGCCGUUUCUUCCGGAGUCUCUCCGUGGGCCAAGACGGUCAAGAUAAACGUCGUCCAGCUGGAUGGUGCUCCGAAGCGAUAUUGCCUCAAAGCAUCUAUACUAUCAACCUUUGCAGACGGUCGCUUCAGGCUGGAGUGCCAAGCUCUUUGUGAAGGCGAGUACGAGUCCCAGCUACUGAUCGAGGAGGCGGUUGGCCGAGGGUUUGGGCCUAUAGCUUGGGCUUGGGGCGAACUUGUCCUUCGUCGAAGAUUGUCGCCCUUCAUCGAACAAAGUUCCCUCACGGGGAGGUUUGGUUUUCACUGCGCCACCGUAUGCGGAUCCAUGCAGCGGACCGUCCUCUGGGAUGACAAAUGGGCCAACUCCUUCACGCACCUGUUUAAGGAUGUCAUUGGCUACGACAACCGCGUCAACCCGCCCUGGCCCGAGUAUGACCGCGCAUGUCGCAUUACCAUCGACCUUAUCAUUCCCUGA